CAGACCGGGACCUGAGCGAGAUCAAAGACGCCCGGCCAGUAGGGAGGCAGGUCGCGCCGCCGCCCUCUCCCUACCCCUUCCCUUUCCAGAGCCUAGGAAUGCACUUCCCCGAGUUAAUUUUUAAUCUCUCACCUCUGGCGGCGGGGCGGGGCGGGGCUGGACUCCCGGGUGCCCUGGCGCGGGUCGCCCCUCCCUGGGCCUGCGCCGGGGUCAAGCCUCCUCCCCCACGCCCUGGCCUUUCUCCGUCUCCCGCCCGCAGGUGCCAAGUCGUAAGUACCUCUGGCCCGAGAUGCGGUAGGAGCGGCGCGCAAGAAGCCCUGUCCCUGGUGCCACCAGCCUAUCUCCCCAGGCCCAUGGCGAGUCCCAGCCUGGGGCUGCUCCUGGCGCUCGGCCUGCCGCUGCUGCCGGCCCGCUGGGGCCGGGUCUGGGGGCAAAGUAGGUACCGGCGGGGGCGCUGGGGACCCGGGACACCGAGAGGUCAAGAACUGGGGAGCGGGCAUGGAGUGCCUUGGGGGCAGCAGUUUACAAGCAUUGGACCCCACUGCAUACGAGAAUAGCACCACUACCACCCCAUACCCCAGCUUCAAUGGGGCCCUGUCUAAGGAGGCCACCACUGCCAUCAUCGUGGUCUUCUCCCUCUUGGCUGCCCUGCUUCUGGCCGUGGGGCUGGUGCUGCUGGUGCGGAAACUGCGGGAGAAGCGGCAGACAGAAGGCACCUACCGGCCCAGCAGUGAGGAGCAGUUCUCCCACGCAACCGAGGCCCAGGCUCCCCAGGACUCCAAGGAGAAAGUGCAGGGGUGCCUGCCCAUCUAGGUCCCCUUCCUCUCUUCAUCUCCCUCCCUUGCUGUGUGACCUUGGGGGAAGGCUGAUCCCUCUCUGAGCCUUCAAAACCUGGGCUUAAGAAUAGAAGGGGAAAAGGUGCUUCAAAACUCUGCCCCUGAGGGCAAGGGAGGGUGGGGAUGCUGACAUUUUAUAUAUAUAUAUAUAUAGUGUAAAAUUGGUAGUGAGAUAUAAUAAAACUUUUUUUUGAACUGGU